GUUUACAUCCGGCUGGAAAGAAAGAGCUUGAGGGAGAAAGCCAACUUCCUCCAGCUACAAUUUCGUAAACUAUCCGAAUUUUUCACCAUCAAAAUGUCCAAACUAGAGGUGUUCAUGGAUUUUAUCACCCAGCGAUUAAAAACAGCAGUUUUGGAGAUUUUCGCAGCCGCCGAAAAAUCGUUUGCCGAGUUCGAAGGGGAGAUUUCUCGUUCGAAGGAGGAGAGUGCUCGACUGCAGCGGUUGUUGGACAUUGUUUCUCAACCUGAAAUCAAGAUUCACCGAAAAGAUGUGCAGCAGCUCUCUCUCCCAGAGCCCCCACAGAUUAAAGAGGAACAGGAGCUGUGGACCAGUCAGGAGGUUGAGCAGCUCCAAGGACUGCAGUCUGAAACUACAGACUCUGUGUUCACUUCUACCAGUGUGAAACAUGACUCUGAUCAGGAGGGCUCUUCUGAAUGUUCACAUCUUGACCAAACUGUUAAAGUGGAGAACAGAGAAGGAGACUCUCUACCCAGCAACACAACUGAGGAGCAAAUCAAAGCAGAGCCUGAUGGACAAUACUAUGCAGCACCAGAACCAGGCAGUGACUCUCAGCCCCUCUCUGUUGUAGCUCCAGACUGUCCUACAGCUCAGAGUUUGGAGGAGGAGGAACAUGGAGGAGUGCUGCUGUUUCGGAACAGAAUCAAUGAGGCUCAGCCAAGGGAAAAUAUGCCACAGAGACGUCACACAGGAAAAACAAUACAUCAGUGUCAACAAUGUAACAAACGUUUUUCUCAGAAGGGUAAUAUGAUUAUUCAUAUGAGGACACACACAGGAGAGAAACCAUAUCAGUGUCAAAGAUGUAACAAACGAUUUUCUCAGAAGGGUAAUCUGGUUGGACACAUGAAGACACACACAGGAGAGAAACCGUAUCAAUGUCAGGAAUGUAGCAAACUCUUUUCUCAAAGUGGUUCUCUGGAAAAGCACAUGAGGAUACACACAGGGGAGAAACCAUAUCAAUGUCAGGAAUGUAACAAACUCUUUUCUCUAAGUUGUUAUCUGGAACAACACAUGAGGACACACACAGGAGAGAAACCAUUUCAAUGUCAGGAAUGUAGCAAACUCUUUUCUCAAAGUGGUUCUCUGUAUAAUCACAUGAAGACUCACAGGUGAAAAAACGUAUCAAUGUAAACAAUGUAACAGAUCUUUUACUGUGAGGCUGAGGCCUAUACUAUUAAGCAAGUUCAAUAUACUUGGUAUAUAUUGUAUUUGGCUGUCUUCACUAAGCCUAACAACAGCAAACAAUAACA